ACGGGCAGGCCACCUGCCACUCCUAAGCUGAGAUUCGUCUGAGCUGGAGGUGUUCGUCCUCGCUGCGUGGCCAGGACUUCCCGGAGAGAUUUCUCUGUUGCGUGCGCAAAACUGCGCCGAUUCACACGCAUCGCCCGUGGCCCAGCGCACGUUGGUCCAGAUGGACUGUUGGGGGAACAGCCACGGGCGCAUAGAACCCGCAGCCGGGGCGGGGGCUGCGCGGAAGACGCAACGGUUGCCGCCGCGCACCGCCAGGGUCAACGGCUGGUCCCGGCCGGGCGACUGGUACCAGGUGGCGUCCUGGGCUGUCAUUUUCGUCAUGGCUGUCACCAUGCUGGGGAUAUUCAUCCCAUUCCUCCCCUACCACUGGAAGAUGCUCGCAUAUGUUGUGAUCGGAGGACUCCUGACCGUCCAUCUCAUUGUCCACCUUAUCGCCAUCACGAUCGAUCCCGCCGAGGCUAAUGUGAGGAUGAAGAAAAACUAUCUGGACGCGGUGCCCCUGUUUGACCGCACAAAACACCAGCACGUCAUAGAAGACCAGUAUUGCCAUUUAUGUGAGGUCACCGUAGGGGCAAAAUCGAAACACUGCAAGAUGUGCAACAAGUGCGUGACAGGGUUCGACCACCAUUGUAAACUGCUGAACAACUGCGUGGGCACCAGGAACUACAGCUAUUUCUUCGGCUCCGUCGUCUCGGCGGCGUUCAACCUCAUUUUCAUCAUGGCCGUGCUGCUCUAUUUCCUCGUGCAACUUCUGAUGGACCCCGAACAGCUGCAGCAGAACGCGGAGCUGACAGAUGCGGAGGUGGACCUGGACUUGUGGCCGCUCUUCCUGCCCUUGUUCCCUGUCAACGUGAACGUCACCGUCAUCCUGUGCAUCCUGUUCCUGACCAUCUUCCUGGCCGUCGGAAGCAUUCUCGUCAUCUGGCGCCUGCUCCUGUUCCACCUUUUCCUGAUCUCCAAGAAGCUCAGCACCUUUGAGUACAUCAUGCAGAAAAGGGAGAAGGAGCAAGGCGAAACGGAGGAGAAGGAAGAAGAGGAGAAGGAAGUCAAAACGCGUUCACCUCCAUUCAGAGGUGCCCAUGAGGAGCCGCGGCACAGCUUCCGUCACUUGAGCCUCACUCCCAGUAACAUCUCCUUGCCUCCGUCCCCCUCGGAGAUUCAGAGGAAAGACACUGCUAGUGUGGUGCCAGUGGCCUGGGCUGAUGAUAACAGUGAAGUCCUCACUCUAGGAGCCGAGGGAGGCUGGAAGAACGUGAGCCCGUCCGUCCUUCUGAAGACCCUCCCCUCCACGGAGAUUCUACCCAUCGAGUUGGUGCCCCCCAACUCCGUGGCCGACUCCAUGGCCAUGAUAGCGGAUCCCGAAGGGCUGGUCCCCCGGGAGGCCUGGCGGCUGCCCCGCGCGCCACCGGAAGACCCGGAGGCGGCAGCCAACUACUGGGACGCACUGACUUCCAGGCUUGCCAAAGCCUUCCCGGGUAGUAAGGGGGAGUCCAGGGAGGAGCCCCCAACCCUUGUCGUCAGCAUGAAGGACAGCCGCUCCUCGGAGGGGAAGGAAGAGCCUGAGCCUGAGCUGUGACGAGGCCUCAGGGCGACGCAUGCACGGCAACAGAAGGGUGCAUGCGCGGCAACACCAGGGCGCAUGCGCGGGAACACCACGGCGCAUGUGCGGCAACAGGGCGCAUGUGCAGUGACAUCAGGGCGCAUGCGUAGUGACAUCGAGGCGCAUGUGCAGUGACGUAGAAGCAGGGCGCAUGUGC